ACCGAAAACACGUCCACAGGUAAGACGACCUCCAUUGCCAACAACACCUCAACCCCCUUCUUCCCCUUCCACAUGAUGAUACGCCAGCUGGCACCAGUCAUAGAAAGACUUGUACUCCCAUCUUUGAUGACACAUGCUUCGGUCUUCGACCUCUCUCUGAACAUUGGAACCCUACCUUCCCGAAUCGCAAGCAUCACCUUGUUCUCGAGCUCCUUGCUGACUUGGAUUCGACAGUCAAAAGCCACAGCCUCACAGCUCUCGUCAGAACUGAGUCACCGCUUCCAAGAUGGUCCUCCAUAACCCUAAUAACUGGCAUUGGGUCAACAAGGAUGUUUCACCGUGGGCCAAGGAGUACCUCGCGACCACGCUCUUGAAGCUCCAGGCUGAGGAUGGCGGUGUCACGGCGAAGAUCAGCAAGCUCGUGAGCAUGGACGGCGAUGUGGACGUCAGCCAAAGGAAGGGCAAAGUUAUUACCAUUUUCGACGUGAAGCUCGUGCUCGAGUACUCCGGCUCUACUCCCGAUGAGGCUGACGUUUCGGGCACCAUUACGGUCCCCGAGGUCGCCCAUGACACCGAGGAAGACGAGUACGUGUUCGACGUCGACAUUUUCGCCGAGUCCAAGGACAAGCAGCCUGUAAAAGACUUGGUUCGCUCCAAGCUUGUCCCUCAGCUUCGAUCUGAGUUCUCCAAGCUCUCUUCGGCCCUCAUUGCUGAGCAUGGCAAGGAUAUCCAGCACGCGCCUGGGUCCAACCCAUCCAGCGGCUUCUCCACCCCCAAGGUGCAUGCGCCUACAAGCGCUUCCAAGUCUGCAGCCCAGUCCUCCACUCAGACCAACAAUGGAGGCGUCGUGAACACUGUUACCCUGAAUGAGACAACUGAGUUCCGUACCUCUGCCGACCAGCUGUACGAGACCUUCACUGAUCCCGGUCGCAUUGCUGCCUUUACCCGUGCGCCGCCUAAGGUGUUUGAGGGUGCCAAGAAGGGCGGCAAGUUCGAGCUCUUUGAUGGCAAUGUCUCGGGCGAGUACCUGGAGCUGGAGUCCCCCAAGAGGAUCGUGCAGAGCUGGCGUCUCAAGCAGUGGCCCGCUGGCCACUUCUCCAAGCUGAGCAUUGAGUUCGACCAGAACGACGUCGACCACGUUACCCUGAUGCGCGUGUCCUGGACCGGCGUUCCUGUUGGCCAGGAGGACGUCACCAAGCGCAACUGGGAGGAGUACUAUGUGAACAGCAUCAAGCGCACCUUCGGCUUUGGAACCAUUCUGUAGCUGUGCACAAUUCCAACAGGAGGACCGACGGCACCGAAGACUAUUCAUUGCAAUGAUGAGGUGAGGCUGCUUCACCUGGAUAUGGCAGACAUGUGGUGAGAGGAUGAAGUCUAAAGGCUGCAAUCGGUCGCAGCGCCUGCUACCUAAUGCCGCCUGUGUGGGGGAACGAUAGUUACGAGAAAUGGUCAAUGAAACCCCGUUAAAUGCUCAUUCCGCGAGAAGCACUACUCCAUUCGCCGCGACCGCUUAGGUUCUCAUGAAUGUACCUUGCAUCUACAUGUUGAUGCCC